UUUCUUUCUCCCUGCGUCCUUCUUCCUCACGGUGGCAGCUGGGAGCUCAGCUCUUCUCCCAUGGAACUCGGCACCUCCCGCAGCAAGGAAUCCCCUGGCGUCCAGGUUCCCUGCAGCCUCCCUCCUCUCCGUUCACAGGCGCAGGGAGCAGCAGCGGCUCCAUCUCCCUGGCUUCUUCCCCCACGCGCAGCGAGGGGCCUUCUUCCCCAGCGCAGGGAGCUCGGCUCCUCCUCUCCUCCCAUGGCCGUCGAGCUCCUGUCCAUGGCGUCCUGCUUCCUCCCAUGGUGCAGGAGAUGCCCAAGCGAGCUCCCUUCCCUUCCCCAUGGCUCGAGCUCGAGUUUCCUCAUGGCGCUGCCUCCCUGUCCAUGGCGACGCAGCAGCUCCCUCCCAUGGCGCCCCCCUGCUCUUCCUCCUUGGCGCCCAGAAAUUGCAGCAGCAUCUCCCUCCCCCAAACUGCUCUUGCCAUGGCCGUUUCUUCCCUGCGCCCUACUCUCCCAUGGAAAUCCAGCAAGAGCUCCAUUUCCUCCAUGGCCGGCGCCCCGCACAGCGCCUCUGCGUGACUCUCCCUCCCCAAACAGCGAGCCCCCUUCCUCGCUGCUCGUCGUGGUGCCCGCCGGCUGUUCGGCAAAAUGCGCAGCAAGCCUUGCGCUGCAGCAGCCCUCUAGUUCAUUCUCCACUUCCCCGUCGCGAGUCAUCGCUCUCGUGUUUGCUGCGCAGCGAACAGCACGUCGGGAUGCCCGCCGGGUGUUUGCUGUUUUGCGCAGCCCCGUUGUCGUCGUCGUUCACCCCGGUGAGACCGCGACGCUCCUUGUUCGAUUCCGCAUCGACAUUAUUUUCCUAUGAUUAAUUAUGUAUGUGUGCUGCUUUGUUUUAUUUUUGUGGAGGAGAUAACCCCGUGUUUUGCGUGGAGAAGGCAAGCCGCUCGACGCUCGUCGAUGUCGUAGCGAAGCACAAAUCGGAAUCACUGUCGUUCUUGCAAACGCCGAUUGGGUUUGUUUAUGGACCAAGAGAUGAUGAUCGAGAUAGUGAUGUGGUGCCAACCACAAGCUGCAGAUGGUGGACAAUCUAAGGAAGGAUGGGCAUAACCAGUAGAUGCUCGCCAAGCGAGUACCUCCCCCAGCAAACAUUAUCUAAGUGUUAAAUU